AUGACUCUCGCCACCGAAUUUGCUGAAACUACACGCCGCUCUCUCAGCCAUGCUGACAUGAGAAAAAGAGUUCUUCACUUGUACCGUCGGUACAUCAGAAACUCCAAGGAGUUCUGCAACUUGUAUGAGUUGGAUAUGCCUGUUUCCAAUGUCAAGACCAAAAUCAGACAAGAGUUUGAAAGACAAAGAUUUGUCAAUGACUUGGACUUGACCAAUGUGCUUUACGCCAAGGGCCAAAUGGAAUUUCAAGAGUUGAUCAACUUUUGGAAACAACAGUGCCAUGUCAUGAGAUACUUUGACGGCUCUUCUGAACGUCUUGCUGACAAGAACGAUUUCGUCAAGAACUUUUUGAGGGGCAACUAA